AUGGCGAAAUUGGUAGUCCUGGCGAUAGAUAAUUCCACUCAGGCAGAAAUAGCCUUUGAUUGGUAUGUGGAGCAUAUAUACAGACCGGAACAUCAACUAUUACUGUUGCAUUGUGGGGAGGUCAGGGCGCCAACCAUGCCAUCACGUGAUGCCGAUGGUUGGAAAAGUGCCCUGGAAGAGGUCGAGGGGAAAGUCAAUGCCUUAAGAAGUAAAUAUGAGACAAAAAUGAAAAAUGCAAAGAUAACUGGUACUGUGGAAUCUGAUUUCGGAAAGCCAGGAGAACUCAUUGUUAAGGUUGCCGAGGAACGAAGCGCAACUAUGAUCGUGAUGGGCUCAAGAGGUUUUGGUACACUACGGCGAACAAUUCUAGGAUCAGUCAGUGACUACGUACUCCACCAUAGCAAACAACCCGUCAUCAUUUGUCCAAAAAAAUAAUGGACUACUAUUUUCAAAAGUGUGCUUCGUUUCAUCUACACUCCUUCGAAUUAGAGAUAAUCUUUUGAUCUUGCAGUCACAGAAUUUCACGCCAUCAUAAGUACAUGUACCUGUAGCUAGCAUUUACGUAUUUUUGCUAAAACUUCAACGGAAUACCAUGACAGCUACCUCUGAGGUCGUUAAAAUCUUACCAGCCUCAUAAAAUUAUUUUAUUCAGAGGGUAGCGAUUACUAUUAAACUCUGGACACCAGGGUGAUUGGUAGGACCCAUACAGUGUAUUAAAUAAAUUGUGUUGUGUAUAUAUAAUAAACAAUUG